AUGGCUCAGACCAACAUAUGCUUCAUGCUGAUCUCCUGCCUGAUGUUCCUGACUCUGAGCCAAGGCCAAGAGGUCCAAACAGAGUUGCCCCAGGCCUGGAUCAGCUGCCCAGAAGGCACCAAUGCCUAUGGAUCUUACUGCUACUACUUUAAUGAAGACCUUGAGACUUGGGUUGAUGCAGAUCUCUACUGCCGGAACAUGAAUUCAGGCAACCUGGUGUCUGUGCUCACCAAGGCCGAGGACGCCUUCGUGGCCUCACUGAUUAAGGAAAGCAGCACUGAUGUCGGCAGUAUCUGGAUUGGCCUCUAUGACCCCAAAAAGAUCCGCCACUGGUGCUGGAGCAAUGGUUCCCUCGUCUCCUACAAAUCCUGGGUCACUGGAUCCCCAAGUAGUAUCAAUCCUGGCUACUGUGCGAGCCUGACUUCAAGUUCAGGAUUCAAGGGAUGGAAGGAUGUGUCUUGUGAGGAAAAGCUUUCCUUUGUCUGCAAGUUCAAAAACUAG